AUGGGCUUCGUCACAACCUACUUACGAGCACUUGAGACUGCUCGCAAUGACCGAAUCAUCAACGAUCCCUUCGCCGAACCACUCACCCAAAAGCAGCAAUCCAAGAUCGAUAAGUUUCUGAAAGAAAUAUGGAGUGAAGUCUGCUCUUUCCCGGAAACGCUAAUUGCAUUCCGUACGCGCUAUCUAGACGAAGCGCUUCAGCACCGUGAUCCCGCAAUCCUACAAAUUGUGAUUCUUGGAGCAGGACUUGAUUCCCGUGCAUACCGUUUGGAGUCACUCCGUGGUUGCCACGUUCUGGAACUUGACCAAAGUGGUGCUAUGUUUGAACACAAGGCGGACGUGAUGAGAGAGCUACACGCGCCACUUAUGGCCCAGAAUGUGGACUGUAUUGUCUCGAACUUGGCUGAAGCAGGCUUAGAGGUAAACCUAAUGGGGCACGGAUUCAACCCCACGAUGCCCACUUUCUGGGUUAUGGAGGGACUGGUCCCGUACAUGGAACGCUCGAGCAUUGUCGAGAUAUUGAAGACUAUCGACUAUUUGUCGGCUCCUGGAAGUCAGUUUUGGGCGGAUAUUCCAGGUCAGACUCUUGCUGACAGCGAAGAAUGGGGAAAGCGCGCCAUGAAAUACGGCGAGGACGAUCCGUUGCAUGGAGUUUUUAGCGAGAUCUCAUGGACAGUGGAAGAACAGGUAUCUUUGAAGGCUGCUGGAGAUCACUUUGGUCGUCACUGGUCUCCUGUGCUUUCGCCGAAAAGUAAGCAGGUGGUGCCGCUGUUCUUUGUCGUCGGCAAGAAACCUAUUCCAGGUGUGGUGGUGGAACAGAAGAUGGCCCCCGGUCUUCAUUUCGAGGAGUAA